UGCGAACUUGGGCAAAAAAACUACGAUCAUCGAUAGCUGAAAGAAGAAAGAAUAACUUGGGUAAUUAUUAUUUGCUAUUUGAAGAACAACUUUGCAUUCUUCUUUUAACUAAAAAAUAAAGAUGUAUAAAAAAUUACUACACUGGUUUUUCCAACAUAUAUACACUUUAUUGAUUUGAUAAAUAAAAUGCUGCGAGCAAAGCGAAGCAUGCCUUGCAUCUCAUAUUACGUAUAUAACAUCAGCGACGGGGAUGAGUGACGACUUUACUCUCUAUUUGCACAAUGGAGGUAUUCUAUAAUAUUUUCUAGUCAGAUUUAGGUAAGACUCGCGUAACAACAGUCCAAUUCAUAACUAUAAGUAUGUAACAAAUAAGUACAGUCAUAUGGACAAACAAUCAAUAAACGAAAAACAAACAAAACACUUUCGAAUUGCUCGCGGAAACGAAGAUUGUCCUCAAUGAAAACGAGCCAUGAUAUUAACUGAGACCAUCAUUAUAGGUACACACACAUACAUAUACACACACGUCUAAAAUGUCUUCUCGAAUUUGCCUGCGGAUCAUGCCAGCAGACAAACUCUUGUUCUCGUAGCGUAUUUAGGAGCUUAGGAUAGGAUCUAGUGCCUGCGGUGUGCGGCGUCUUUUUUCAGGACUGUGCUCGGGGAACGACGGCGCUAGGACGUCGACGACUUUUCUUUGGAUGGCAGAAAACGCGACGUGAAUUGCAAAAGAUACAUAUAUAUGUAUAUAUAUGUAUAUAUAACGAGGUAGCAGACAUAGACAAACAAUGCUAUCCGAUAUGAAUCACGGCCGAACCUGUAAAACAACAGAGAUUGUUGAGGAAUAUGUUUCCUCUCUCCAGGAUCUCAAAACCAAUAGCAAACCUCAAAUUAAUUUGCUUACGAUACUAGCAGAAGAUUAUAUUGAAUAUGCAUCAGCUAUAGUUGAAGCAGUAGAAGCCCAUUUACAAAAGGUGCGAAGCGAGAUCAAACUUCCAGUACUGUAUCUUAUUGAUUCGAUAAUCAAGAAUGUGAAUGGGUCCUAUAUAAAUCUUUUCUCAAAAAAUAUUGUGCAAACAUUUUGCAACGUAUUUGAAAAGGUUGAUGAAAGUACAAGAGCAAGAAUGUGGAAGUUGAGGCAGACAUGGAGUGAAAUUUUCCCUCCAAAUAAAUUAAGUGCUUUGGAUGUACAAGUGCACAGCAUUGAUCCGGCUUGGCCAAUAUCAUCUUCACCUUCAUCAGCUAGUGCACAAUCAAAAUCAAUAAUCCAUGUUAACCCCAAGUUUCUUUCAAUGCAAAAAGUACAGCAGCCAAGGCGAUUAACACAGGCGUCACCGCGAUCAUCACGAGUUGCCACAACACCAAAAGCACCAGUAGUUGAUACUAAAUUAAUUUCAGAUGAGCAGACAAGGGAAGAGCGGAUGAUGAGAGAAGAGCUCUUGAAAAAACAAAAAGAGUUAGUUGCACUACAACAGAAGAAGCUGCAGAUAUUGCAAGAACAGAAACAUUUAGAAAAAAAUCGAAUCCACGUGAAACCUGAUUUGAUUGCUGCUGACGGCACCUUAAAGAAACCAAUAUUGACCACAGUGCCUUGUGAUACAACAAAAUCAUCAGAAAAAUUGCCAUCAAGUCCUGUGUAUGUACCAGAAGUUCCAGACGAGCCAAAGCUUAUUUCCCCAAGUAUUCUGCCCUAUGAUCCUAGAAUAAAAACUGCGACAGCUUUACAGAAUGGCGGAAAUGCCGUUGUUAGCGUUAAUCCACCCGAUGAUGUUGCUCCGGAUAAUCAACCGGAUCUCACUAGCAGCGAAAGCUCAUCGAUGUUUACCGCAAGUCCUGUGAAAGCUCGACCGAAAGAAAUCGAAACAUUCGUUCCUCGUCUUCCCGAUAAGAUCGAAAGCCCUCAAGCUUCUAACGACAAUAAGAAUACAGAUAAUGAGAGAAUGACCCAAAUAUCUAGUAAUAAUAGCAGUAGUAGCCAAAAACAAGCAACGACAAGUGACACUGAUUCGAAAAAACAUUCGUCUAAGAAAGCUUCAUCUACACGAUCUUCUUCAAAGCAGCGAGAGAGCCGGAGAAAAUCUUCGCGUAAAUCUACUUCCUCGUCUUCUCCGCACAAGAAGUCAUCUAAAUCUCGUAAACGAAGUCUCACCAGCGAACGUCAUCAUCAUCGUUCUCAUCAUCAUCAUCAUCAUCAUCGUCGACACUCGCCAAAGCAACAGCAAGGCCUCGACGAGGAGGAGCAGUUCGGCUCGCUGAUAAUCUCGCCACCACAACCCACGGUUAACGUGUUCAAAGAUAGGAGAGACAGUGUUGGGAGUACCAGCAGUUCACAUAGAACCAAGAGAUCAUCGUGCAGAGAAAGUAGUAGUCGAAGUAGAAGUCCAGAAAGUUGUAGAGAUGAGGCAGCGAAAAGAAAAGAUAGUACUAGUAGCAAGGAUGAGGAUCUCAGAGCAGCGUUGAUUGCGGCCAGUACGAGUAGCAGUAAAACGCCAAAAAUUGACGCAAAAGAAGAUUUAGACUUACGCGUUCUUCCCAUGACAAGCAACAAGCGCCAGUCAACAGAAGUUAUUCAAAGUUCAAGCGGAAAAAAAAGUAAAACAGAAGAAAACUUUGAUGAUCUAUUCGGCAAAGAAGACGUGGACCUUCGUCUUCUAAAUCCGGCUUUACCGAAGGUGAUCGCUGCGCAAAGCAUACAGCCACCAACACCAUCGCCUCCAAUGAUCUCCAACGAUAAAGACAGCUGGGCUAAGUUCAAAACGCCGACUAAAUCUUUAGAUAGUAGUUCCCGAUCUGACUCCUUCAGUCGAUCUCAAAGCGAUAGAUCAACAUCAGACCGCAGCCGUGAUCGAUCCAGUCGCAGUAAAUUUUACAACAAACAAUCUGACGAUCGGGGAAGACGCAGUGGUGGAAGAGAUUAUGAACGCAAUGCCGAUAGAAACAUAGAAAUCAUUAUGAAAGAGGCAGCUGAACAGCUAAAUCAAGGGACCAUCACUAAGGCGCAGUAUAAUAAAUUGAUACAAGAUGUGUUGCACAUGAGCGAGGACGAAAAACUGAGAGCUGCUCAAAGAAAGGAGAGAGAAAGUAAAAUAUGGGAUAGAAGUGAUAAGGGCCUAAGAAUGAAAGAGCAUGGCAUGCAUCCUCGACCACCUGGUCCAAGGUGGCCGCCGCCCUGGCAUCAGCAAUGGGCUCAUCCACCGGGUCCGUUCCAAGGACAUUUCCGGCCAAUGGGUUCCUGGCACCCGCGAUUUUGCGGUGGACCCAUGCGCCCAGAUUUUCAUCAAUUUCAUGCAGGCUUUAAUCCACGUCAUCCUGGUAUGAGUCCGAACGUACCUCCUAUUUUGCCAAACGGACCAAUAAAUCCAUUGACUGGUAGACCUAUGAAUCCACUGGGUGGGCCAUUAGGUCCUAUCCCACCUGGUGUAAUACGAGGAGAUGGUGCACUCCUUAUGCCAAACAGACGCUCACCGAAUUCUAUUGGGGAUGAUGGCUCAACGUGGUCGAAUUCGCCUUUUAGCCCUAAUAUUGGAAGUACUAGUGAUGGAAAGUCGAUGGAACAGGAAGAAUUCAGUUCAAGCAGUAAUCCUAAUAGUGAUGAACUACCACCGGCAGAUCCUAAUGUUUUAGAAGAGGUAGGAAAGGAUACCACGAGAUCAAUCAACAUAGACGAUACACCAAGGGAGAUCAGGUAUUACGGACACGCUGGCGUCAUCUUUAUGAACUGGGACGAUCCGAGAGAUAUUGGAUUCCAAAACGGCGCAAGAAGGAUUUCCAUAGAUGGCAAAGAUACAGUUGUUUGUUCAUUUAAUGACGAUUAUCGCGAAUUUACCUACGAAGGAGAAGUUCAUAAAAUAAAGCUUGGUGCACCUACGCGAGAAUUAUACAUUGAUGACAAAUGGUAUCAAGUUUACUUUGGCGGUCAAGCAAUCAUGGUUGAUCUGGGAAACAAGAAAGUUAGUGUCAAAUUAGAUGGACCGCCUCCUCAAGUCAAGAUAGGAACUACCAAGCGCACAGAUCUCGUUUUAGGAAAAAUCAACCUCAUCAUCAAUGCUAGAAGUAUGGUUCCAGUAUUCCUUGAUUCCAAGCCCCAAAUUUUUCAUAUCGAGGAUAGACCUUGUACUUUGGAGUUUCGCGAUGCUCUGCAAACGGUCCUGUUAAACGGCAGACCAUUCAACGUCGAAUUUGGUGGUCUACCCAAGCCCAUUCUCAUUGGGGAGAAAAAGCAUUUUGUGCGAUUCUCGGUAUUACCACGUGGUUUUCGGGCUGGUUAUGUUAAAAUUGCUGGGAUGAAGGGUGAACAGCCUAAGGAAACUUGUGUUACUGAUGAUACAGUGACCGGACAAAAUCAGACCGACAUAGCUUUAAGUAGUACUACGAAUGUGUCAUUGCUGAUCGAAUUAGAUGCUACUUCUCAAGAUGGCUUGGAUCAAUCAUAUACAUCGAAAUCAGAUUUACAACUGGACGUGCUGUCUUCGGUGGUAUCCUCGGCGAUGGCACCCUCAUCAGGACUAUCGUAUCAAGCCGAACCUUUUGAAAACACUAGUGUCACUUCCACUGCAGCCGUGCCGCUAAAUGAGCUUUUCAAAAGAUUAGUCGAAUCUGGAAUAUUCUCAAGCCUGAGUGAAACGAAAAAACCAGAGGAGGAAGAGAAGAAAGCCCCAGAGGUUCUUCCAGUCGCAUUCGACAAACCAGAAACAUUAAAAAUAAAAAAUCCAGCCAUGGUCGCUACUCUUUAUAGUGGUAUUCAGUGCAGUUCUUGUGGAGCUAGAUUUGCGCUGGAAAUAGCAGCUCGUUAUAGUCGCCACUUAGACUGGCACUUCAGACAGAAUCGAAAAGAACGAGACUCAUCUAGAAAAGCGCAUUCAAGACUUUGGUAUUACGAUGUCAGUGAUUGGAUACAGUUUGAAGAAAUCGAAGAUCUUGAGGAUAGAGCACAAAGUUGGUUUGAAACAGAAAAACAAACUAUGGAGAUCGAAAAUGCGGCGGCAGAGGAUCUCUUUGCUGAAACGAUGCAACCAAGCGUACCCACAGGCUCAGACGAAGACUCCUGCUGCCAAGUAUGCCACGAAUCUUUUGAACAAUUUUACAACGAUGAAAAGGAAGAAUGGCACUUGAGACCGGCUAUUUCUUUUGAGGACAAAAAUUUUCAUCCUAUCUGUCUAGAAGACUAUAAAGAAAAGCUUCUGGCGCGGACUUUGGAAGAGACAGCAACGGCUUUCGAUAUAUCUGAAUCAAGUGAAAAUAACAAAGAUGUCGAUAUUAAGGAUAUUAAAAGUGAGGACGCUGUAAAAGAAGAAAGUUUAGAUUUAAAAACUGAAGAUGAUCAAUUAAAAGAAGGAGAUGUAAUUAAAACGGAAGAAGAAAAAUCAGCAAAUACUUCAACUGUAGUAAUGGAACCAGUCGAAUCAAAAACAGAAUUAAUUGUAUCAGAUGAAAAUAACGUUGAGCAAUCAUCUCAGCAAGAAGAAAUAAAAGACGAAGAAAGUGAAUUCGAUUUAUCACUUACGGUAUCAAAUGAAUUGGAAACUAUGUUUGCGGAAAAUUCUGAAAAUACAACUAUGGAAACGGAAACAACGGAGGAAGGUAGUAAAACUCAAGAUCUUCUAGAAUCAGACCUAGCACCAGAAGAAAAACCUAUGGAAUCUGCCGUCGUUGAUUCGACUCAAGUUGAGGUAAAAAGUACAAUUGAUGGGAAUGUUGAGUUAGAAUCUACUACAUCAACGAUACCAGCUACUGCAUCAAAGAUCAAAAUAAAUAUUACAAAAUCACUCAAUUCGCCAAAAGAAUCUAAAGAUGAAAGGGAAGUUGUAGAAGCAAUGUCGGAAGAAGAAGAAGAGCCUACCGCAUCUUUGGUACCAGCAUCAGUAAAACCUGGUUUACAAGACCGAAAUUUUUCGGUCCUACCGCCAGUCGACAAGGGUGUUGAACUUUCUGCGUUAUGUUCGAUUAUGUAAAUAAUUCCGCAGUGUUGUGUACAUAAGCAUUACUUUUAUGAGCGAUAUGAACGCGUGCGUACGAAAACAUAAAAGUGCUCGCAUUUUUAGUGUUUUUGACUCGUUAAGUGUGCUUUGAAUUUCUGUUCUGGGUAUGAUGAAAAUGAAGUAUUGAGAUGAUGAUGAAGUAUUGAGUGAUUCAAAUACUUGUAAAUAUGUUUCAAGUACUGUGAUGUUUUGUAAAUAUUACUUGAUGUUUAUAACUACGAUUUCACGUUAUUGUAUGACAAAAAUCAGAAUGAGCUUUAUUUUUUUACACGAUGAAA